AUGAUUACAGGUUUCUUUUCGAAUCCUUUCCUUUGGAUCGACCAAUUAAUCUUUGAUUUGAUGCAAAUUGUAAUGAAUAUUAUUUUAUGUCUAACUUUUAAGUUAAGCAAGUCAGAACAAGAUGACCAGUAUCUGAUGCUUUCAGAAGAUGAAUACGAGCAAACAACUCCAGAAGAAUUGCAAUUAACUGAUAUAAAAGAAAUUAAAAUGUCAGAUCUCAAAUCCAAGACCGGAAUUGCAUGGGAAAGAGGAAUAAAGCUCCCAAACGCACCUAUAAUUAAAGAUACAGCUCAAAGAUAUGAUACAUCAAGAUUAUCUGCUUCAAAGAUCAAGGAAAUGAUGCAACAAGAGAUCCAUGAAGAAAUAAUCGAAGACAGCUCUGCAGGUUAUUAUUCAUUGGAUAGUUAUAGCAUUUAA